CACCGUAGAUAGUGUCAUUGUCACUGUCACUUAUUUUCAUUCGGUUGUUAUUACUUUUCUUGAGUGGAAAGGUUUUCACAAGAAUUUAAAAUGAGUCUAGCUCGCUAUGCCGUUCUGGGCCGCAAUCUAAAGCACUUAUUAUCGACUACAACAGCUCCAAGCAAACAAGCCUUAUCGCAACGUUUGAGCCAUGCCUGGUCGUACCGAACAGCAGCUCCUGCUCAUCCGAAGGCGGUAACAUAUACUGCUGAAGUCGUCUCUGGCAUUAUGUGGUGGUGGAUCUUGUGGCAUCUUUGGCAUGAACCGGAACACAUUACGGGUGAAUUUCCGGAACCAGAUCCGACUCAAUGGACGAACGAAGAAUUAGGAAUUCCACCAGACAAUUUCGAUGAGUGAGUGUGGAAUUUCAGCGUUAGAGUCAAUAUGAGAUUGUAAAUACCCAUCAGAAAUGCUAAUAAAUCCUUGUAGCAACGAAA